AGGGUAAAACUGGUCAAUGGGGAGUGCUGGACGGGCCGCGCGGCGAGGGGCGCUCGAACACCCUUCCCUCGGCAUAACCCUCAGUCACCACAGCGACCGCGCGCUCUCGGCACGCCUCGGCGUUCGCUCUGUGCUAACACUGCCAUGUGUACGGACAAACUUUACGCGAAUAAUUUUAAUUCUUAAUGCAAAAUGAAAGAAAAUCGUGAGCGUGAUGCGGGCCGUUUUCGAAGGAGAUGCAGAGAGCUUUGGAUGAUGGUGUGGGUGAUUGUAAUGGUGGUCGAUCGCAGCUCUGGCGCUGAGAGUAUCUGUCCCGAGGAGUGCCGGUGUCACUCGCACUACGACGCAGACGAGGGGCACGAGUUGCGCGUCAGCUGCACGCGCGGCGGCAUGCGCGCUGUGCCCGUUGACUUUCUGGACCGCAACGCGCAGAUUCUGGUCAUUUCGGCACCGCAGGAAAGACCCAACUUCCUCACCAUCGGGCCCAUCUUCACACAGCCAACACCGUUCGCCAAUCUCCGGCAACUCCACAUCGUCAAUUCAAACGUACCCUCGAUAGGCCAAUACUCCUUCUGGGGGCUCCAAAAUCUACAACUUAUCAACUUGACGUAUAACAAUUUAACCGCAAUAGGGACCGAUAAUUUCCGGGGACUCAUUAAUCUUACCGAACUACAUCUCGACCACAACCGUAUAGCGACAAUGCCGAGCGAGACUUUCAGACACCUCACAUCUUUGAGAAUAUUAAUUCUGGCAAAUAAUCAAAUUUCCUCUCUAGUGCCUAGACUCUUUCGAAUGCUAGCUAAACUAUAUCAACUGGACUUGAGUUACAAUCCUUUAGCCGAUUUGAACCCCGAAGUGUUCAAAGACAUACAACACUUAAGAAUAUUCAAGUGCAGAAAAUGUCUUUUAAGAAGAGUGAAUACACAGAUUUAUCAUUUGAUUCCUCAUUUAGAAGAGUUAGAUUUAGGAGAAAACCAAUUCAAAUAUCUCACCUCUGAUGAAUUUAUAAGUCUUAAGAAAUUAAAAAAGCUGAAACUGGAUGGAAACCAGUUGUCGGUGGUGGUGGACUAUAUGUUCGGGCGCAACCGGGAGUUGAAAGUGCUGUCCUUGGCCCGCAACCGCCUGGCGCUGCUCGCGCCCGCUGCGCUCACCAACCUAACCUCCCUUUUACAUCUGGACAUCAGCCACAAUAAAAUAGACAGGUUCCAUCUGCAGACUUUUGCGCCUCUUGUUGAAUCAUUGAAGACUAUCAAUUUCAGCGGAAACAACCUGCCAUUGAACGAGAUUGCGAUAGCUCUUCAGAUACUGCCAGAAAUUCAUGGUGUUGGUCUUGCUAACCUUUCCCUGGAAAUUAUACCACCAAAUUUUUUUACAUAUAAUGAACAUCUAAUUGCCUUAGAUAUAUCCUGGAAUAAAAUAGCAAAGUUUCCGUUUAAACUUCUGGCAAAAACCAAAUUCUUACAAAGACUAGAUAUUUCACACAAUAAGUUACAAGCGUUGAAUGAACAGGACUUGCAAAGACUGGAAGCCAUAGCGCAAGUUCAUUUGUCUAAAAACUCAUGGCAUUGUGAUCAGUGUUCGGCUGGAACCAUGCUAGUGUAUAUGUCUAGUACAGUUCUUAAUUCUACCAUUAGAAAUCUUAAGUGCUAUUCUCCGAUGCGGUUACGGGGAACGAGUUUUGCGAACUUGAGUUUCGAUCGGUUGGAUCCGUGUCCCAGUACGCACGAAGCUCAGAUGAGUGUCAUAGCAGGGCUGAUGUUGUUAUGUGUCGCAGUUUUAGCGGCUGUAGCGGCAGCGUUGUGCUACUCGCGGCGCCGCGCCGCUCACUACUACACUAACGAGGAGAAGCGGCGUGAACACGAACACGACCACCCCGAAGAGCUGUUGGGACGGACCGAGCUGGGCAGCGUGGCUACGAUCCACGCGCCGUAUCACCUGGUGUCUAAGGGCAGCUAACGGCGAGCUCCAACGCCGGCACCCACGCGGCCGCCCCGCGCGCACCUCUUGCGACUGCCACCCCGCCACGAGCCUCUGGCCUCAGUCUCAACACCAGCGCUGGAUUCUCACCCGAUGCACUUCUUCCCUCCUCCGCCAGCGCCACUUCUAGAACCCGCUCUUUCGAAUGAUAUGUGAUAUGAGUACCAAGAUGAUCUUGUGUAAAGCCAAAGAUUAUAAACGUUCUAUGACUUUCACUAAAAGUAUAUAGGUUCUAGAUUGAACAUUGUUGAUAGUGACUAUAGUUAGACAUCGACAU